AUUAUUUACAACCCAAUAAACCGUCUCACUUCCCCUACCCAAACACCACAACAUGAAUCUUUCCUCCUCCGUAUGCAACCACCGCUCUCUUCCGUCACCACCGGUAAAAUCAGUUACAAACUCAACCGUUCCCACACUUCACAACACCUCAAUCAAUUCAAAUCUCACAAGCAAAACCUCUGCAUGCGAUAAUAUUCUGAGAUCGCGGCGUUCAGUCCGCUACACUUCCAUGAUUACAGCUUCAUACGGAGGAGAUAGAGCGGAGAACGACGGCGUUUUGGAGCCUUCUCCGGCGGAGAAGCUGCGGAAGCUACUAGAUUCUCCUGGAGUUCAUCAAGGACCUGCUUGUUUCAAUGCUCUCAGCGCGAAGCUUGUUGAGAGAGCUGGAUUUCAGUUCUGCUUCACCACUGGCUUUGGAAUAUCGGCUGCUCGGUUAGGCUUGCCAGACACAGGACUAAUUUCUUAUGGAGAAAUGGUUGACCAAGGUCAACUAAUUACCGAAGCUGUGUCCAUUCCAGUUAUAGGUGAUGGGGAUAAUGGGUAUGGAAAUGCCAUGAAUGUGAAAAGAACUGUAAAGGGAUAUAUCAAAGCAGGAUUUGCAGGAAUAAUUCUCGAAGAUCAGGUGUCUCCAAAAGCUUGUGGUCAUACACAAGGCAGGAAAGUGUUACCGAGAGAGGAAGCUGUAAUGAAGAUAAAAGCGGCAGUUGAUGCUAGAAAAGAGAGUGGUUCUGAUAUUGUUAUUGUAGCACGAACAGAUUCCCGUCAAGCAUUGUCGUUAGAAGAGGCACUUUGGAGAUCACGAGCUUUUGCUGAUGCUGGAGCUGACGUCCUUUUUAUCGAUGCACUUGCUUCAAAAGAAGAGAUGAAAGCGUUCUGUGAAGUCUCUCCUCAAGUUCCUAAAAUGGCCAACAUGCUUGAAGGUGGGGGAAAAACACCAAUACUCACUCCUCUAGAACUUGAGGAAAUUGGAUAUAAAAUUAUAGCAUAUCCUCUUUCCUUGAUAGGGGUAUCUAUCCGUGCUAUGGAGGAUGCAUUGCAAGCAAUCAAGGGAGGGCGUGUGCCUUCUCCUGCAAGCAUGCCAUCCUUUGAAGAAGUCAAAGAAGUUUUAGGUUUUAACGCAUAUUAUGAAGAAGAAAAGCGUUAUGCUACCAAGAGCAGUCAACCUGUGUGGCAAACAGGUAGCAGCAACCCGUUCAGUAUCCAAAGAAAGGGUCAAGAUGAUACAGAACAAACAGGUCAAAGCUCAACUGAGCCUAUUGUUGAACUGUUGAAUCCAGAUACAUACACUAAGUAUGGUGGAGGUGACGCACAAGAUCCUUUCUCAGGGAUCUGGUCUCGCAAGUUGAGAAUCAAAAUUAUUGGGCGAGAUGGCUUUGAAAAACUUGAUGUCCGAAUUCCAGCCGGUUUUCUGGAUGGAAUCACGAAUAUUGUCCCAGCUUUGGGAGGUGUGAACAUCAAGGCACUGCUAGAUGAUGCUAAAUUCGAAGUUGGAGGAAAAUUGUUGCUAGAUUUUACCGACACAAGGGGCGACAGGAUACAAGUCUUUUUGGAAUAAAAAUAUGUUAUAUUUUCUUUUAUUAUAUUCAGAAAACAUCUUUUAUCUGCAUUAUUGCAACAUACUGAUUAAACAAAAUUGCAAGUCUUGUUGCCAAUUUCUUCAUAUCAUUUUGCUUUUGGGUAAGCAAGUAUGAUAUACAGAGGCUUCCAGAUUUGAAUUGAGCAGCCGUUUUAAGACCAA